UAAUAAGACGAGAAAGAAAAAAAAUAAUCAUCCUUUUGAUACAAUAUGGCUGGAUUUAAGUAGCUGUUAUCAUUUCAGGGCAAUUUGUUUAUUUGAAACUAAAUCAGGGGGUCUAAAUUUAAUCGGUACCCAUAAAUUGGCAUUGUUGUUGCGAGACGGAUGGUGCUGAAUAUGGACGCGGUGGCUCAGUUUAGUGCAUGGUUAGUUGGCGGUGGGUGAAGAAGUGGGAUUCUAGGUUGGAUCACAUCGAUUUGUUGGUGUCAAUUAUGUCAAGAGCCACUUAAAUUUUAUUGCGAAAAAAUGACGGUUGCUGUUGAGCCCUCGAAGGUGGAAGAUGGAAAACGCGCGAAAAUCGAAAAUUUCGACGACAUCUUACCCUAUAUUGGAGAAGCCGGCCGAUAUCAAUGGCUGCUCUUCAUUCUGUUACUGCCUUUCACCGUCGUUUACGCUUUCCUUUACUUUACUCAAUUCUUCCUCACCCUUACACCGGAACAAUAUUGGUGUAAGGUGCCCGAACUUGAUGGCUGGAAUCUCACCGACCACGAAAAGAUUGCCCUCUCUAUUCCUGCGGCGAAUGCUGAUGAACUGAAAUUAGAAGGCGCCACGGCUGUUUCUCGCUGUCAAAUGUAUGCUGUCAACUAUACCGAACAACUCUUGGCAGGCGUGAGAAUAGCUGACCCAUCGUGGGCGACUACAAAGUGUGAACAUGGCUGGUCGUUCAACUUUACGAACAUUCCAUAUGCCUCGAUCGCCGCUGAGUUGGAAUGGGUUUGCGAUAAGACUUACCUCUCAUCUGCAGCUCAGUCAGCAUUUUUUGCUGGUAGUAUGAUAGGCGGGCUUGUGUUUGGAUAUGUCGCCGAUCACUAUGGACGAAUCCCCGCCUUAGUAGCGUGCAACGCGGUGGGAUUCUUUGCAUCAAUUGCAACAGUUUUCGCAAAUAGUUUUUGGUCCUUUUGCUUGUGCAGAUUGGUUGUUGGAACGGCCUUCGAUAACUGCUUCAACAUCCUCUUCAUAAUCGUAAUAGAAUACGUGGGCCCAAAAUACCGGACCUUAAUUGCCAAUCUGUCCUUUGGAAUAUACUUCGCGGUUGCAUCUAGCAUUCUGCCAUGGAUAGCAUACUGGAUUGCUGACUGGAGGAUUCUUAGUGUUGUAACUGCGGCUCCAUUAGCGAUUGCCUUCGUGGGGCCAUGGAUCGUUCCAGAGAGUGCGAGAUGGUACAUCUCAAGUGGUAAAGUAGACAAAGCUAUUGACAUGCUCCAGAGGUUUGAGCGUGUGAACGGUAAAACCGUGGAGCCAGAAAUUUAUGAAGAGUUUCGAGAAAGUUGCAACAACAUAAUAAAAAAUGACAAGUCGCAUAACAAUUAUACAGUGCUGGAUCUCUUCAAAAAACCGCGACUCGCACGGAUAACGGUGAUGCUGAUUAUCUGGUGGCUUACAAUGAUCAUUGUCUUCGACGGUCACGUUUGGAACAUGAAACUUCUGGACCCUAACGUCUUCAUGUCGUUUUCACUUGCUGCUCUCACCGAACUUCCGGCUGCUGUAAUUCUUGCAAUUCUCUUGGAUCGCUGGGGUCGAAGAUGGAUGAGUUUCCUGUCUAUGACGAUAUGUGGUAUAUUCUCCUUCAUCGCCAUCGCUACUCCCGCCGGAGGGCCAACCGUAAUUAUGGCUAUUUUCGCCCGUUUGGGUGUAAAUAUAGCCGCAAAUAUUGGCUUCCAGUAUGCCGCUGAAAUGUUACCUACAGUCGUACGAGCUCAGGGUGUCUCACUUAUCCACAUCAUCGGUUACUUCGCACAUAUAAUCGGACCCUACAUUGUAUACCUGGCAGAGGUCGCUCCAGAGUUGCCGCUCGUAGUGCUGGGUCUUUUGUCAAUGUUCGCAGCGUUUCUGACUCUAUUUUUACCAGAAACUUUGGAUCAAGAUUUGCCAGAAAGUCUUCAAGAGGGUAAUGAUUUUGGUAAAGAGCAAAGCUUCUGGUGGAUUCCGUGCAUUAGCAGGACUCCAGAAAAGAAGAAAGCCUACAGAAAGAAACUAGGUGUAACAAACGCAGGUUUCAAUCCAGGAAGUCUGAGCAGAAUCGAUUCCACGAAGUUGUAACGAAGCUUUUGGCCCUUAUCAUGUAAGCUAAACAGAUAAACCAAAGUGUUGUGAAUAUCAACAUAUGGGUGACUUGAAGCUAGGCUAAUUGUAAGCUUCAAGAGACGAAUGUGUGAAAAUUUCUUUUACUGGUCGUAAAUAUUUUUCGUAGCAUGUAUAGACACAAACUUAAGAAGGUGUGUGAAAGUUAGAAACGCUGAAUUGCUCAAUUAUUUUUUACACUUGCUUAAGUAUUAUGUAUAUAUUCGUGUCACACGUUUCGAGUGCUCGUUGCCAACAGAGAACUUGUAUAUAAAGCAAUAAGAUCGAUUGGAGUGAAUAAUCUGUAUUCAAGUAAGCAGAAUACGGAAAUACGAUACACCGCCACGAGUAUUUUAUAGCUUCAAAAAAGCUUUCACUUAUCCGGAAAAAAAUUAUUCCGCGGGACGAUGAUGUAAUGCACGAAAAAAUUACACUGCGAA